AAUGGAUCAAACUUCCUCACAAUUUUUAUCUACAGAGAGGCCCAGUGAUUCAUCAUUCUACAAAAUCAUACGGCAGUUCAGGAAGACCCAGUUGAACCCAAAGGCUCAUAUAAGGUCGAAGUUUUACCAAAAAGAGAGGUCGCCUAUGAAGACGAUUCCAAAGCUACAAAAUUUAUUUUUCAAGAGCUCUUCACAAAUUAGUCUUAAAAAUGAGAAGCUUCCCUUCCUUGGAAAGAUGAAUAGAGGUAGUCAGUCUGAGAGGAGGCUCAAGAAUAUCAAGUCUAUCCAAAGAGUCAGGCCGAAGGAAAUAGAGCUACAUAAGGCCAAUUAUAUGCAUAAGAGAGUUCCAACCAAGGUUUUGUGAUCCAAGAUGAAGUCUACGCUUAAAAGGAGUAAAUAAACUUGUUAACGACCAAACCGAGCCACAACGGAGAGAAAGCACCAGUACAACAAGGUCAAAAACAAAUGACAAAAAUUUGAAAACUCUAAUCAAGAGACUAGAAGGGCGAAGCAUUCAAGAAGAUGAUCCUGUGGCCAUGUCGAUUAUCCAGACUGGCUCUUUUCAGACAAUGGUUGAUCUCAAGACUCUUCGUAAAGAACUUGAGCAAAAAUAUGAACGCUUUAUUGAAAAGGUGAGAAUUAAGCAUAAAUAUUUCCCAGCUUACACUAGAAGAGGUACUAGCACUAGCAAGGUUGAGAAACAAGAGAAGACCGAAGCUUUUACAAAUGUGCUAGAUGGGCUCCAUGAAGAAGAUAGUGAAGCGUGAUUCACUGAGGAGGAAGAUAAGAAAGCUGACAAGGCACAAAACGAGAUCGAUUUUGGAAAUAAGCUUAAAAGUUUUCAAAUCACUCCUGAUCUAAAGAAGGCUGGUCCAAGUAACCUCUCUCAGAUUAGGAUAAUGAAUCGGUAUAACAAUGUCAGUAGGGAAGAUAAAAUUGAGCUUUGAAAGAGAGGUCUGGAUAUCCGCUGUGUAUCUAAAAUUGAUCAUAUCGAUAUUAACAAGAGAAGUAGAAUCAACCUAUCUAUCAGAGAUAUGAAACCUCUAUUCAAGAUGCCUAAUACCCACAGAAGCAUGCAUUAGGUAACCUAUCAUACUAGAAGAAGAAUCUGAUGU